AGGGACGCUUCCUUCGCUUUCUGCGUGCACGUACCUCAACUUGUCUCCUUUCGUGAGUUCUUUCUCUCUCUCUCUCUCUGCUCCGCCUCGACGAGAAAGCGAACCGAGGCACCCCGCUUCUGCCGCUGCAGCUUCGUCCGUCAUUUCUAUCUCGGACAGGCUUCCAUUUUCGACACAACACAUUGAUUGUUGCCUUAAGCCACAUUUGUUAUUUCCUUCUUUUGCAUUAAGUUGACCUUCGUUGGAACUCCAAGAAGAAACGUCACGCAUAACUGUUCUAAAAGUAAAGAAAAACUAACUCUCCUUUUUCCGUGUUUCCCAGCUGUUCAGUGCACCUUCGUCGUAGUUGCCUCGAUCUCCGCUUUUUUAGAAACUCUCUCCCCCUUCUUUUUAUAGUCACGUACUUACACACACACCACACAUCUCCUGCCUUGCGUGCUGUGCUCUACCGCACCAUGUCCACGGCAGCUUCCUCUUCCCUUCCCCAGCAGACAUCGCCAACGUCCCCGACCGGGGGCCCGGUGCGGGUGCCGCCGGGGAAGGUCUGGCUGAACGCGGACGAGCCGGACGACGAGUACCCGCUGUUUUGCGUCUCUGCGAUUCCGCCCAAGAAGCCGGGCACGGUCCGCAUUUGGGUCGAUGGCUGCUUCGACAUGCUACACUUUGGUCACGCGAACGCGCUGCGGCAGGCCCGCCGGCUUGGCACGGAGCUCUUCGUGGGUAGCCACUCGGAUGAGGAGGUGAUGCGGUUCAAGGGGCCGCCGAUCAUGCACGCCGAGGAGCGCUACGAGGCGCUGCGGGGGUGCAAGUGGGUGGACUACGUGAUUGAGAACUACCCCUACUGCACCCGUCUCAAGGACAUGGAGAGGCUGGAGAUCGAUUACGUGGCGCACGGGGACGACAUCUCCGUCGGUUUGGAUGGCCGCAACUCGUACCAGGAAAUCAUCGAUGCCGGCAAGUUCAAGGUUGUGAAGCGCACCGAGGGCAUUUCUACGACGGACUUGGUGGGUCGCAUGCUGCUGUGCACCAAGAACCACAUGCUCCAGUCGAUGGACGAGAUGCAGCUGGAAAACGAGCUCAUUGAGCAAAGUCCCACGACACACUACCUGACCACCUCCCGCAAAAUCGUGCAGUUCAGCAACAACUCCAGCCCCAAGCCUGGCGACCGCAUCGUCUACGUCGACGGCAGCUUCGACCUCUUCCACAUCGGCCACAUGCGCGUCCUCGAGAAGGCACGCGAGUUCGGCGACUACCUCAUCGUUGGCGUCUACGAGGAUAAGGUGGUGAACGAUCACAAAGGCAAGAACUACCCCAUCAUGAACCUGAAUGAGCGGGUGCUGGGCGUGCUAUCGUGCCGGUACGUGGAUGAGGUGGUGAUGGGCGUUCCGUUCGACGUGACGAAGGAGCUCAUCGAGAGUCUUGGGAUCGACGUCGUGGUGGGCGGCAAGUUCACGGAUUUGGUGCUGGAUGGGCCGGCGUCGACGUGCUACGAGGUACCGAAGGCGAUGAACAUCUACCAGGAGGUGGACUCCGGCACCACCCUCUCCACCGACUCCCUCGUUGACCGCGUCGUCGAGAACCGGCUCGCUUUUCUGAAGCGUCAGGCAGAAAAACGCAGGAAGGACAAGAAGAGUGCGGAGAGCAAGCCGGAGGAGUACAGAAACGUGAAGGAAGUGAAUUGA